AUGGAAGGGCACAACCUCACAGCAGUGACUAAAUACAUCCUGCUGGGCAUCACAGAUCGCCGUGAGCUGCAGGCUCCACUGUUCCUCCUGCUCCUUGUCAUCUACCUGACUUCACUGCUGGGCAACCUGGGCAUGAUCAUCCUCACCCAGGUGGACCCCAGGCUACAAACUCCCAAGUACUUUUCCCUUAGACACCUGGCUCUCACUGAUCUUGGUUAUUGCACAACUGUGGGGCCCAAAAUGUUGGGAAAUUUUUUUAUUCAUCCAAAUACAAUCUCUUACUAUUGCUGUGCUGCCCAGCUUGCUUUAUUUCUUCUGUUUAUUGGUAGUGAGCUUUUUAUUCUGUCUGCCACAUCUUAUGACUGCUACAUGGCCAUCUGUAACCCUCUCCCCUACACUGUCAUGAUGUCACAAAAGGUAUGUUGGGUGCUGGUGGGAAUACCCUAUCUCAACUGCACAUUUAUGUCACUCAUAGUCACUACAAAGCUUUUCACUUUGUUCUUCUGUGGCCACAAUGCCAUUAGUCAUUUCUACUGUGACUGCAUCCCCUUUUUAUAUUUGCUGUGUUCAAAUGCACAUGAAAUUGAGUGGAUAAUUAUGGCCUUAGCAGAAUUUGAUUUGAUUUCCUCCCUCCUGAUGGUCCUGGUGUCCUACCUGCUCAUCCUCACAGCCAUUCUCAGGAUGAAGUCUGCAGAGAGCAGGUAUAAGGCCUUUUCCACCUGCGGGUCUCACCUGACCAUGGUCACCAUGUUCUAUGGAAUGCUGAUAUUUAUGUACAUGCUGCCCAAGUCCAGUCACUCCAGCAACACUGACAAAAUGUCAUCCAUAUUUUAUACUUUGAUCAUUCCAUUUUUGAAUCAUUUGAUCUACAGCUUGAGGAACAAAGAUGUAAGAUGUGCCCUUCAAAGGAUGUUGAGAAAGGUAUGCAGUAUCUGUUCUUAA